AGAGCUGUUGAAUAGAGACGUUUUCCUUAGCUUCUUGGAGAAGCAACGCCAGGCUUGACAUUGAGUGAUGACUGUUGCGCAGAGAGACUCGACAGACCGGGAAUAUUAACGCGGAAUAAAAUACACACAGACAGGGGAGGUGGGCGCUCAGUUUGUGGAUACCUGCGCGUCUCCACUCCGGCCGCAGGUGCGCUACGGUCCCUCUGAAGGGACUUUUGUUUGUCAGAGGGAAGUGAGAGAAGAACAAAUCCUACAGGAAUUAUUUCUCAUUUUCUCGCCAGGUAUCAUUUUUUGUUUGUUUUUUUAGUUUAUCUGAAAGGAAACUUUCCCUCCCCUUUGCACCGCCUACAGUCAGAUUUCUGACUCCAGCUUGAGCUUUGUAAAUCUGCGGACUGUUCUUUCAGACCAUUCCUGAACUCGGAUUACACUGGACAGCACCUCUAAUCAAGGAGAAUUUCUCAGAACUCCCAAGUUGGGAAACGGAGUUUUUCCAGUUCAUUCGCUGUUUUCAACGAGGUGAUGAAGAGAACAAUGUCUGGAUUAUUACAGCUGCUGUUCAACCUGCCCCGGGAAAGAGGGGAAGAGUGAGGAACGCAGAAAGAGAAGGGAGGCGGAAGAGGUGAAGAAGGGGGGGAAGUCGGUGGCUUUUGGCUGCCGUCCACUAGUUCUUUAACGCCUUUGCUGCCCGGAUUCUCCAAUCGCUUUUUACGAGAUACACGAACAAACAUCAAGAGACGCGCGGGGAGGACCUGCGUUCACACCCUGGGCCAGCGGGAGGUGACUGUCAGAAGAAAUGCCGGUCCCAGGUGCCCUAGUACAUCACCACUGGGACCAUGGCGACUCCUUGGCCAAUGAGAAGAGAGAGGUGCUCCCAUGGCUCCGCCUGCCUUGCUAGAUGGUUGGCGUCAUCCUUGAUGCUCCUAUGGUUGCCGUGGGUGUUAGUAUGGCUGCCGUGGCCCACCCAAGCGGAACAGGUGGGCAGCGGGGGACACAGUGGAAAGGCGCUGCAUGGAUCCCUUUCGUCCCCCUCAUCUUCGUCAUCUUCCUCCUCCUCCACGGCCCCUUCCGGCUCCUCGCCAUGGGGUUUUAGCACAAGGCAGAGCGGAGGGCAGCUGGACUGGCUGCUGUCAGAGAAGGGUCCUUUCCACAGGUGUCCUGAGUACACCGAGUUCAGAGAGAGGUUCCAGCAGGGAUUUUCUACCAGAUACAAGAUUUACAGGGAGUUCAGCCACUGGAAGGUGAACAGCCUGGCUACAGAGAAGAGAGAUUUCCUCAAAGCUCCGUUGCCCUUAGCACCAGAGUUCCUACGCAACCUGCGGUUACUGGGCCGACGACCAACCCUGCAGCAAAUCAACGAAAACCUCAUCAAGAAAUACGGGACCCACUUCUUAGUUUCUGCCACCCUGGGAGGAGAAGAGUCUUUGACCAUUUUCCUGGACAAGCAGAAGCUGAAUAAGAAGUCCGAAGGCAACAGCAACAGCUCGGUAGUGUCUCUGGAGCUGCUCCAUCAGCUGGCCGCUUCUUACUUCACAGAUCGAGAGAGCACCCUGAGGCGACUGCACCACCUCCAGAUCGCCACCUCUGCUAUUAAGGUAACCGAAACAAGGACAGGCCCUCUCGGCUGCAGUAACUACGACAGCUUGGAUUCAGUUAGCUCGGUGUUGGUGCACAGCCCGGAAAAUAAGAUCCACCUAAAGGGAUUGCAAGAUGUCCUGCCAGAGUUUCUGCGUGGGCGUUUUGUGGAGGCAGCCCUCAGCUAUGUGGCAUGCAACUCGGAGGGCGAGCUGCUCUGCCGCAACAACGACUGCUGGUGCCGGUGCUCUCCUCGCUUCCCAGAAUGCAACUGUCCUUUUGCUGACAUCAAGGUCAUGGAGGAGAACCUGGAGAAGAGCAAAGAGGCCUGGAACAACUUCAACCAAGAGUUCGUGGAAUCAGAUGAAUUCAAAGCCUUCCUGAAGCGACUGCCCACUGACCGCUUCCUGAAUGUGUCCAUGAUAGCCAAGCUCUGGUCAGCUGACUUAUCCCUUCAAAAACGCUAUGCCCAGCUGGAGGCCAGCACCGCCCUCGUACUGGGCAAAGCCCAGAAGAUCAUCAGGAAACUGUUCACACUGAGUAAACGCUGUCCCAAACAGCCUCGCAUCAGCCUGCCCCAACAAAGGCCUGUUGGGUUUUGGCUGACCAGGGCUCAGUCUCUGCUCUACUGCAAUGACCAUGGAAUGCUCGGCUCCUUCUCUGAGGAGGUGAGGAGCUGUAGCUGCCCUGUGGAGCAGCCUGCUUGCCAGGGAGUCAUCCCCUGCGUUGUGGGCACCUCCUCCACCUCCUGCGCCCUCUGCGCCACUGACAACGCCACCCGCUGUGGAGCCUGUCACCAUGGAAACAUCCUCCAUCUUGGUUCCUGCCGACCUAGCAUUGCUGCGUCCCUAGAUCAUUAUCUGAACUUUGACUUGGACAUGCCUGAUGCUGAGGUGAAGUACCUGCUUCAGCGACUGGACAGCAGAAUAGAAGUCCAUGCCAUCUACAUCAGCAAUGAUGUCCGCCUGGGAAGUUGGUUCAAUCCUGCCUGGAGGAAGAGGAUGUUACUAACACUCAAGAGUAACAAAAACAAGUCCAACCUCAUCCACAUGCUGAUGGGCAUUUCUUUCCAGAUAUGCUCGACUAAAAAUUCAACACUUGAACCCGUGCCUGCUGUUUAUGUGAAUCCUUUUGGGGGAAGUCACUCAGAGAGCUGGUUCAUGCCAGUGAACCAGCCUGACUUCCCUAACUGGGAGAGAACUCGACUGGACAGCAUCACCACUGCACAGUGUUACAACUGGACUCUGUCUCUGGGCAACAAGUGGAAAUCGUUUUUUGAAACAGUGCACAUCUACCUGAGAAGCCGCAUAGUCACAGAUGAUCCAACACUGAAUGAAACUCUCUUCUACGAGCCAUUGGACUUAGAUGAUCAGACCUCCAACCUGGGCUACAUGAAGAUCAACACGCUUAAGGUCUUCGGAUACAGCAUGCACUUUGACCCAGAGGGCAUCAAGGAUCUGAUUCUUCAGCUGGACUACCCGUACACCCAGGGUACGCAGGACGCCGCCUUUCUGAUGUUACUGGAGAUGAGAGACCGGAUUAACCGGCUGUCUCCACCAGCACCACAGCCAUUUGAUCUGUUUUCUUGUCUGCUGCGCCACCGCCUCAAGCUGUCAGCCGGAGAGGUGGUACGAAUCAAGGACUCUCUGCAGAUCUUCAAUUCCAAGCUUCCUAAUGCUUCUCCUGAACCUGAGUUGGCCCAGCUCUGCAGCUAGCUAGUUUAGCACAGUAGCGAGGUUCACAAGGGACGCUGCUCAUAGAAAGUGGAAUUGCUGCUCCAGGGACAACCCUACUGAGUUGGCCUUUUGGACCUAAAUCAUCUGGAUUAGCAUACGCUGAAGAAGGUUGAAUGCAGGGCCUUUUUUUUGGUGACUGUUGGCUGGUUUUCUGGUCUUAAAUUUUUAUCUUUGACAAACAGCAUCAUGUUCUUGACUUUUGGGAGAACAACUGAUACUUUGACUCCAUUCAGGCUGUACUGGACCUGCCCGGAGGUUUACUUUUGCUAUUACUGCCCUGCAAACUGUGUGACUGGACAAGGUUAAAAAGGUUUCUUUCACUGGCAAGUUUUUGUGAUUUGGAACAUUAGAAAUACAAUGAGCAUACAUAAGACCCCUGCCUUGCAAAGACAAAAAUGGUUUUCAUAUAUAAAAAGGAACUCUUAAGGGGGUCUUCAAAAAUUAGUGAAAGAGGAUUUCCCCUUUUCUAACCCUAUUUUCUUUGGGUGCAGAACAAUCUCGAGGGAAGGGAAAAUGGGAUAAUUAUAUAUAUGUGGUGAAUGAGUUGUUAUGUUAUGCUUAACAGUUUAAAAUUUGAUAAUCCUGAACCCUGUCACUGUCUUUGAAUAUUUCUUUUUAAUCCCUACCUUCCAUUUUAUCUGGCAUUUGAAAACUUGUAUCUAUGCUUAACAUCUGAGUGAGAAGCCUGUUAGUGAUGUUCUGUCCUUGGUGGCGUGUCUGUACCAAAAGAAGGUAACACAUUGGCAAUUUGAAUGGCAAAAUAAUUGUAAAUGUUGAGUUAUUAUUCUUUCACUUUUGAGCUGAAAAAUCGUAAUGAAACCUUCUGAUGUGGUAACAAAAAGGUCUGCGGAUAUAGCGCUGUAAAUAAUGCUCCAUCUAACCCAGGUUGUGGACAAGUGCACAUUGCUUUUUAGAUAACCGAGUUCAAAGACCAAAAAAAUGUUUAUAACAAAACAAACUCAUGCCUUAUAUGGAGAGUCAAUGUUAAGAUAAGAAGCACAUUUAGUUUCUGUGUUUGGUUUACCCGCGAAGGUUGUAUUGCUUUUUAUAUUUCAAUAUUUCUACCAAGACAGAACAACAGACACAUUCUCCAGAGUACGUGGUAAUGUAGCUUUUCCAUGUAAAUGCCAGUCACUCGUUCUGCAGGUACUUGUUUUGAUUUGGUGUUGUGAAACUUUUGAAUCACCACUCACAGUGCACACCAGUACAUGCAUACUGUAAUUGUUCUGCAAAAACCUCCAAUGAGAUAAACGUUCAAGUAAAUAAUAGAACUUGUUUGAAUUCAUGGUUUUAAAAAGUUUUCAAUGGUUCGGUUAGUCUCAGGUCAAUGAAACUUUUUUUUUUUUUUUUUGACAUAUGGGUCCAAUGUCAGCUGCAGUUACCACGGCAACUGGAGUUACAAGGUUUCUGUGGGGCAGUGAUGGUACUAUAGAAAGCUGCAAACUUAACCAGGAUGAUACCUGUUACGAUUUUACAUUUGCUUCACUAAUUUCUCACUGAAAGUUAGCAAACCUUGUAUGACAUUAUCAGCAGUUCUUCUGUGCUCAGCUUGCUUAAGUAAAAACAAAGUGAUUUAUCUAUCUCAGAGCCUUUUCCUUGUUUGCAAAACUGUUUUUAAUCCUCACUGUUAUGUGGGCUAAGAAAUGAUAUAUUUAACGCAGUAUAAUAGACAUAAGCCUUUCACAACUCACAGACUUGGUGAGAUUGACUAUGAAAAUGGUGACGUGCAAAAGUGCAGUGGUGGUGGUGGUUGUGGUCAGAUCUAGUGGUGGUAGUAAGGGGAGGGGUUGACACACCAGACCUGGUCCCCUUACCAUCACCAACUGCUCAUUG